AACCAGGAAGUCUCUAUUCUCUGCUAUGACGCUCCUCUGCUCCUCCUGGGGGAAAGCGACCUGGAUUUUAACCUUAGCUUUUGCCAUCAUUGCCAUAAUCUUUUAUUGUUUCGACGAUAGUGCGCCGAGCAGAUAUACCAGCAGCAUGGAUGAGAACAUGGAGACCCUGAAAGAAAACUUCAGGAGUCAGAACAAGAGCUGCUUUAUCCUGGGUGCGUCAGGGGAAACUGGGAAGGUCUUACUUCAAGAACUGCUGGAGAGAAACAUUUUCUCCAAAAUAACUCUCAUUGGGAGAAGGCAACUGACCUUUGAAGGGAAAGAGUAUGAAAACCUGGUGCAGGAGGUAGUUGACUUUGAAAAGCUUGAUGACUUUGCUGCUGCCUUCAAGGACCAUGAUGUUGGCUACUGCUGUCUGGGAACAACCAGGGCAAAAUCAGGCGUGGAUGGAUUCAUCAGAGUUGAUCAUGACUACGUUCUAAAAUCUGCUGAACUUGCUAAGGCUGGAGGCUGCACACAGUUUCACCUGGAGUCCUCCAGAGGAGCUGAUAAAAAGAGUAGCUUCCUUUACCUCAAAGUCAAGGGCCAAGUGGAAGCUGCUAUUGAGGCUCUUGGUUUUGAUAGAUUAGCGAUUUACAGACCAGGGGUUCUGUUAGUGGACAGAAAGGAGAGCCGACCGGGAGAGUGGCUCGCCAGGAAGUUCUUUGGUGCCAUCUCUGCCGUGGGUUCCUCCUCCUUGUCAAUCCCAAUCCAAGCGGUGGCAAAAGCAAUGGUGUCCAACACGCUGCUUCAACCUGAGCAGAAGACAGAGAUCCUGGAGAACAAGGAUAUGGCCAAGCUAGGAAACACUAAGGCAAAUCAGUGAUUGAAGAAGAUCUUUGCUGUUCUACAGAGAUGACCACAUUCUGCAAGCCUCAUUAAGGAACUUUUGAAAUACUUGAGAACAGACUUUAUUUAUUGCCUAUUCCAAAGAAUUUUUAAUGCAGUUAGGCAAUUUAUUGAUGAAGUUGAUUUUAAAGUAACGUUAGUAACGUAAAGUAACGUAAAGUUGUUGUUUAAGGGGAAACACCAAGUUUGUUGGCCUUCAGUUUUGCUCUGAUAAACUAAAUUACUGCCUUACAUGGAGUGCAUAUGUGUUCUAAACAGGAUGUACUUAGAUGUGAAGUUAAACAUCACGAUUAAAUAUUGCACAUUUGUAUGUAAAGAAAAAGAUAAUUAAAUAUCUUCUAAC